CUUCAAUGAGGUCAUCACCAACUCAAAGAAAACAACGUCCGACCGAUUUAUAGUGGGCACAACUUGGAAGAUGCCUGAAAUCGCGGAGAUUGCGCGUGCUGUCCACUUUCUGCGCCUGCACUUUGUAGGCAAGGUCAUCAAGCAUGCAGAAGCCAUUGAUGACGGCAAUGUGUUUGGAAAGGUCGGUACAGAUGGACCAAAGAUGGCGGCUGGCCUUAUCGGCAAGAAGAUGGUAUCAGCAGGAACUCAAGGCAAAUAUUUUUGGAUGGAAUUGAGUAAGGCUCCUCAUCUUGUAAUGCACUUUGGGAUGACCGGCUGGAUCCAUAUCAAGGGCGAGAGGACAGCAUACACGAACUACUACAAGAAGAUGAAGCCUGACGAACUUGACAAAUGGCCGCCCAAGUAUUGGAAGUUCAAGAUCGAGACAGAAGAUGGCGAUGAGAUGGCGUUUACCGAUCCGCGGCGCUUUGGCCGUGUCCGUGUUGUGGACUGCCCUGGAAAGGAUAUUCGGAAGUACUCACCUUUGGUGGAAAACGGCCCAGAUCCGGUGGUCGACCUCGAUGUGUUCACCGAGGAUUACUUGCGGGAGAAGAUGAAGUCGCGCCGCGUGCCCAUCAAGGCUCUUUUGCUUGAUCAGGCUGUUAUUAGUGGCAUUGGAAAUUGGGUCGCUGAUGAAGUAUUGUAUCACGCAAAGCUUCACCCGGAACAGUACUGCAACGACUUCAGCGAUGCUGAGAUGAAGCAGCUUUACGAGUCCAUCCGAUAUGUGUGCCAGACGGCUGUCGACAAGCUUGGCGAUUCCGAUCAGUUCCCAGACGACUGGCUCUUCAACUAUCGCUGGGGUAAAGGCUCCAAGAAUGCACACAGUCACACUCCUAACGGCGACAAGUUGGCCUUUCUCACUGUCGGCGGGCGCACGAGUUGCUAUGCACCCGCCAGGCAAAAGAAAACCGGCCAGAUUGUGUCCGGCGUGAAAGAAGAACCCCUUGAGUCGGCUGAAGAGAAAGACUCCUCGAAGAAGGCACCGGGAACGAAGGGGGCCAAAUCAAAGAACAAAAGUGAGGAGCUAGAAGCCGAUGGGUCAAAGGUGAAGGCGGAAAUGGCCGUCUCAAGGAAGCGGAAGAUCAAGAUAGAAGAAGAUGGCGAGGUGAAUUUUACGCCACACAACGCAAAGGCACAUCCCUCAAAGAAGCCUACGCGCUCGCAAUACUUUGAAGACGCCAAAAAGCCGAAUGGGGACGCAGGGCAAACAGAAGAAGCCAAGACUGACAUCUCAGGAAGAAGACGCUCUGGAAGGUUGCAAAGUAAAGCAGCUUGACCCUCACAUGCUGUUUUUGCUUCUCUCGACUUUCUCACCUUCUCGGGGCCAGACAAGAUUUCCAACAUGGGAACAGCUGGAGUCUAUAGACUUCUGCCCUCUAGGCUGGCUAGAGACAUGGGUGGUCUGGCGAACACAUCUCAGAGAGACGAUUGCCGCCCAUCCUAGAGCUGAUUCGCCCGGAAAUUUCCAUGCAAUGGUCAGCCCGUGGUUACAGCCGCAAAUCUUCCGAGCUGCCUUCCAUUCCCACCCGUGGGUUUCUAGACUAUGUCAUUUAUUCAUGGUCGGACAAAGACAGCACCAUGGGUAUCUUGCCAUGCCUAGCUCCAGUCUGCUCGCUGGUCUCCCGCAAGGUCAGUGGAACUAGGUGUGGGUCUUCGCCUAGGCAAGAUGGUGCGACUUGAGGCCAAUACUUGAGGCCGAGAAGUCCAACUUGUUGUAGUUUCACCACUUGAGCCAGUUAAAUGAGCGGUCCAAUCUGCUCGCUUCACGGGAUAGCUUUCCCUGGUUGACCAGUGCGAGCGGCUGUACCAUGCAAGCUACUUGGGUGCUAUGAAGGUUGGGGGUCACCGUUCCAGAACACAGUCUAUGUACGGGUCGUUAUCUAGGCUGUGCCGCGGUCAUGCAAGCUACACUAUAUUCCCUUUUUCUUUGGUCUUUCUUCGUCUUGUAACUGGACCCGGUUUGAACAAAUAUCACUAGCCUGGUCCCGAAUGAGGUGCAAAGUUUACCCUCGCCGUUAGCCCUGUUAUCCUAGCUAUCAGCUUUGUUAUCUUUAUGCAACUUCACCCCUCUAUACCGUGCCGACAUGCCGAUAUUCGGCUCUUCACUGCCAUGAGAAUACCUAUGGAGUCCCCGUGGGGAGAGGUGUACUCUUGACGAGGGCUUAAAGGAUAGUCUGGGGAUGCGCGUGGGGACAACAUGAAGCGAUCUUCGAUGACAUCCCGGUUCGCCUACGCCGUCUUAGCUUAGGGUGGUCUUCGUCACUUAGAUGGUGAAUGAAGAGUAUACGUACCUAGGUACAGACAUGCAGCAGUUCGAAUCAUGUUCGGCCAUAGUUGGCUAUAUCUUUUAGUUGCUCACCCAUUGUUACCUCAAAAGUCGAUCCUCGGUGUUUGUCAAGAUUCGGAACAUUGGGCUUUCAUAUCUGCUUUCCGUAUCAUCCGUCUCAGUCUCCUCCGUAUCGUGAUGGUAUGUCCAGAUAUGGUCAACCUGCAGCAGUCUGUGGCAAUUGCUAGGCUCCCUUCAAGGAUGCCUCGACGUUAGGGAUGACGGACGCCAAGGAACCUGUUGUCUUUCAUGGUGGUGAUCGAAAUGGUGGGUUGCAUUAUUGUCUCGGAGGCGUUCCUGAGACAGCAGGAUUAUUUUCUCUUUUUUUCUUUUUUCCACCAUCAGUAUCUGUGACAUUUAGCCUCAAAAGGUGUGCCCAAU